GCUCCGAGGAUUUAGGACCUGUUAGCUUGGUUGGACGACUAGCAAAUCCUUCCUUCCCCGGGGUAGAAGUCCAGGGUGAGAAAUUGGUUCCGAACUCAAAGGAACCCAGCGCCGGGCCACAGCCGGGUCACGUGGCCGGCGGCCCCCAUGACGUGCCGGCUGCGGGGCGUCACAGCGACGUUCGGGCGACCUGCCGAGUGGCCAGGCUACCUCCGUCACCUGCGUGGUCGCAGUGCUGCCAUGGACCUGGGACCCAUGCGCAAGAGUUACCGCGGGGACCGAGAGGCAUUUGAGGAGACUCAUCUGACCUCCCUUGACCCACUGAAACAGUUUGCUGCCUGGUUUGAGGAGGCUGUUCAGUGUCCUGACAUAGGGGAAGCAAAUGCCAUGUGUCUGGCUACCUGUACCAGAGAUGGAAAACCCUCUGCUCGCAUGUUGCUACUGAAGGGCUUUGGGAAAGAUGGCUUCCGCUUCUUCACUAACUUCGAGAGUCGAAAAGGAAAAGAGCUGGACUCGAAUCCCUUUGCUUCCCUUGUCUUCUACUGGGAGCCACUUAACCGUCAGGUGCGUGUGGAAGGCCCUGUGAAGAAGCUGCCGGAGGAGGAGGCUGAGUGCUACUUCCACUCCCGCCCCAAGAGCAGCCAAAUUGGGGCUGUGGUCAGCCACCAGAGUUCUGUGAUCCCUGAUCGGGAGUAUCUGAGAAAGAAAAAUGAGGAACUGGAACAGCUCUACGAGGAUCAAGAGGUGCCCAAGCCAAAAUCCUGGGGUGGCUAUGUCCUGUACCCUCAGGUGAUGGAGUUCUGGCAAGGUCAAACCAACCGCCUGCAUGACCGGAUAGUCUUUCGGCGGGGCCUGCCCACAGGAGAUUCCCCUUUGGGGCCCAUGACCCACCGCGGGGAGGAAGACUGGCUCUAUGAGAGACUUGCACCUUAACUCUGGGACCUGCCGGGCCAGAGUGCAGCUAGGGCUGGGUGUCAAGAGAGGGUGUGGGAUUGGGACUCAGGCCCUUCUUUGUAAGCUCAACCCAUUUCCCUCCCUACCCUUUAUAUUCAGGACUCUUCAGAGCUCAUGCUCUAAGUUCUUUGUACUCAGUUGGUUUUCAGUUAGCUGGUCAAGUGUAGUGUAAUGGUGGUGUAGAGAAUCACAAAUGGAAAAUCAUUCCAUAAUUAUUUUUUUGACCCUGCCUAUGAUUGAUUAGGAUAGCUCCCUCUAGGGGUAGCAACCGGUGUGACUCCGUUUCUGGUGACAGGGAGGGCCCCAGCAGCCCUGUCUGUUACCACGUGAGUCAUACUGGCCAAAGCUUAGUGCCAGCAUAUUCACCUGAGCCAACGUGGCCAAUCAGAUUGUUUUGUCAGUAAUUUGAAAUUUGAACUGGAGGGAUCCAGAACCUUGGGAGUCAUUGAAGCCAAGUCAUUCAUGGCAGCCAGGAAACAACAGGAACCAACAGCCUCUGCCUGCUGCUAUUGCAACUCCCAGGAUCCCUCCCUCCCAGGUCUGGGCCGUGCAGUUCCUCCCCCUGCCUUGAAACACCCCACUAUCUGUAAAGUCUCUCUCUCUCUCUCUUUUUUUUUAAACUUAAUCUAGCUAGAAUAUAUUUCUGUUGGUUACAACUUAACUCAUUUAUGGAUAGGAUUUUUUUUUUUUUUAGAUGGAGCCUCACUCUGUCGCCCAGGCUGGAGUGCAGUGGCGUGAUCUUGGCUCACUGCAACCUCUGCCUCCCGGGUUCAAGCGAUUCUCCUGCCUCAGCCUCCUGAGUAGCUGGGACUACAGGCACCCACCACACCCAGCUAAUUUUUGUAUUUUUAGUAGAGACGGGGUUUCACCAUGUUGGCCAGGAUGGUCUCCAUCUCUUGACCUUAUGAUUCACCCACCUCAGCCUCCCAAAGUGCUGGGAUUACAAACAUGAGCCACCGUGCCCAGCCAGGAUAGUAUAUUUUUAUAGCACUUCCCCUACUGAUUGCUGCCUUCUCUGUGGCUCCAAGGAACCUGUAGAGUUACAGGGAAGUUACAGGGAAGCAGGUUUCAUCUCAAUAGUGGGAGAGACUUCAAACAGUCAGACCUGCCUAAGAAGGAGUGGGCUGUCACUAGGAAAUUUUAUUCCCAGUCAGUCAGGGAUUUUGUAGAAGAGCUUCAUGUGCUAGUACCAAUCGGACAGGAAGAUUUUAAUCAGCUUUACUAUCUAUGUUUGUUUAUGGAAAUUGUGUGUAUAUAUACAUACAUUUUCCAAAAAGAAAAAUUAAAUGAUUAUAGAUAUUAUGUUUUUCAGACUAUUCACAUAUCUGCUUUCCUUACUUCCCAUCUCUGCUGAUUAUUCCUAGAUCAUUGGCUUUUCACCCACACUGGAAUUACCUGGGGAGCUUUAAAAACCCUGAUGCCUGGGUCCCACCCUCAGAGAUGAUUGAACCAGCCUGGCCAGCAUGGCAAAACUCUGUCUCUGCCAAGAUAUGAGUGCAGCCUGGGCACUGGGAAAUUUAAAAGCUCCCCAGAGAAUUCUGUGCAGCCAAGGUUGAGACCUCCUGGUCUACAGCUUUGCUAUACACAGUGUGGUCCACAAGCCAGGAGCAUCUGCAUCACUUGGCAGCCCCUUAGAGAUUCAGACUCCAGACCCACUGAAUCUGACCCUGCAUUUUCACUAGAUCCCAGGUGACCAGCUGCACUAGACUCAACCUCUAAACCAUGACCUCCCACCCUCACAGUCUGUGGUCCUUUAGUGACCCUCAGCUGAGUCACUGUGUUUGUUCUCGUUGAGCACAAGCCCGCUUACCAGGGACAGACUGGAUGAGCAAGCAACCUGCUGGCUAUGGAGAGGAGCCAAGCCGGGUAAAUAUUUGCCGUGACUAAGCCAGGAUCAGAGAACUGACUGUUUCUUGCACUGGCUGGCAUUGAGCUUGCCACUCUGUGAGCUGUGCUUCCUUCCCCUGCAUGGACCUGUUAUCAGUCACUGUUAUCCGCAGGGCUCCUCCAACGGCAGCCCUCUCCUUGUUUAUCCCCCUUAAGCCUGCGUGCAGGAAGGCACAUUAACCCUGUGGCCCUCUGCAGGCAGGAGGGUGUCGGGUGCCCUUACCUACCUUGCCCUUUUUCUUGUACCGUAGGCUGUGCCAUUUAUGAGUACGUGUAUAUGUGUCUGUGUGUGUGUCUAGAAGUGCUGCACCCACCUUGUAUUAUUGGAGGUUGUGUAUCCCCCCCAGCUUUGAGCCUGGCCUCAGAUGUUCCUUUUCUGUUCUCUGUCCAGCCGUUACUGCCCCCAGUCUGUAAUAAAAGCCUGUCAGCCGUGCAUUUUA